AUGCCGGUUCUCUUGAGGAACUGUCCACAUUUAGAAACUCUUGUCCUUGAGGGUCUCUUACACUUUGAGACAGAUAAAUGCGGGGAUGCAUGUGAGUGCGUUUCUCGGGAAGACAAAGGCUGUUCGCUCUCAUCAAGCCCGGUGAAAAAGUUGCAGACUAGAGGGAUUAAAGGAACCAUGAAAGAGCCGGGGAUGAUCAAGCAUUUCAUGGAGUCUUUCCUGUGUUUGAAAGAGAUGGAUGUAUAUGCCGAAGAGAAUGAUCCUACAAUCUUCAAGAUCCCUGGAAUGAUGAAAGUUGUCGCGCAUAUGCUCUACAAAGAGUUCCUUAGUUAUGAUGUGUGUACACUCCUUUGUGUAAGAAUUGGAUUGAACAGUGAGGGAGGAAAGAAUCACCGGGCAUGCCAAUGUUAG